AUGUUCAAUGAUAGUCGAGCUGUUCAUCUGCCUCGUCAAGGCUUAAAUGUGCAAAGAACAAUCAUCAAUACUCAUGGACUUUUGUCAGAAAUCUGUAUUUCACAAACUAAAGUCUUCUGGAUGGGACUACAUCAAAUGGUAUGCAGAUUCUGCAAAAUUAGUUCCUGGUUGUACAAAUCCUUUGAUAUUAGCAGCAAAACAAUGUUCAAACGUGGACGUAGUCAAAUUAAAAAUUUUUCCAAAAAAAACUUCGACAUCUUAAGUUUACACAGUAUGAUAGAAACUGUUGAACAAAAUCGUGUUGGUUUUUUGGAGGAAGUUUUUCAUGAGUACAAAUCGUCUCCGAAUUUUGAUAUCUAUGAUUCUAAAACGACCUCGUUCAGUGUGAAAUUAGUUGAAAUCAGUGGACUAGUUGUAAUUGUUUAG